AACAAGUGCACUAUUUCGAAAAGAAUAUACGGUAAAAUAGAAUCACCGAAGAACCAACCAACCAAAACAAAAAGAGACAAGAAGAAAGUUAAGUUUUACAUUUUAUCAAAUAUUUAGAAAAUUUAAAGAGAAUCAUGUCAAAGGUCUCUUGCCGUGUUCUCGCAUGAUUCUUCUUCUUCCUCGAGAUGACUAGACCGAUCUGAACUGCGGUUUUCUAGGCUUUGCGUCAGGUUUCGUCUCUGAAAGUGAAGAAAGUUCCUUUGCUUUUGGCUUACUUCAUGGUUUCCGCGGGAAAAGUUCACUCUCUUUUGACUCAAAAGACGACAAGAAGUUGAGGAAACAUGAAUACAACUUCAACACAUUUUGUUCCUCCGAGGAGAUUUGAAAUCUACGAGACUACUCUCAACCAAGUCAGUAUGUGGGAAGAGAGUUUCAAGAACAAUGGAGGCAUAUUUACACCUAACUCUAUCAUCAUCCCCACAGAUGCAAAACUAGACAGCUUGUCUGAGGAUACUUCUCAUGGAACUCCUCACAAGUUUGACCAAGAAGCUUCCACAUCUAGACAUCCUGACAAAACACAGAGACGGCUAGCACAGAACCGGGAGGCAGCUAGGAAAAGUCGUUUGCGCAAAAAAGCUUAUGUUCAGCAGCUAGAGACAAGCAGGUUGAAGCUAAUUCAUUUAGAGCAAGAACUUGAUCGUGCUAGACAACAAGGUUUCUAUGAAGGGAACCGAGUAGAUACUAAUGCUCUUGGUUUCUCAGACAAGAUGAGCUCAGGGAUUGUAGCAUUUGAGAUGGAAUAUGGACACUGGGUGGAAGAACAGAACAGGCAAAUAAGCGAGCUGAGAACCGUUUUACAAGGACAAGUUAGUGAUGUAGAGCUUCGUUUGCUAGUUGACAAUGCCAUGAAACAUUACUUUCAACUCUUCCGAAUGAAGUCAGCAGCUGCAAAGAUCGAUGUCUUCUACAUCAUGUCCGGAAUGUGGAAAACUUCAGCAGAGAGGUUUUUCAUGUGGAUAGGUGGGUUCAGACCCUCGGAGCUCCUCAAGGUUCUGUUACCACAUUUUGAUCCUUUGAUGGAUCAACAAGUAUUGGAUGUGUGCAAUCUGAGGCAAUCAUGUCAACAAGCUGAAGAUGCUGUAUCUCAAGGCAUGGAGAAGCUGCAGCAUACAUUAGCAGAUAGUGUAGCAGCGGGGAAUCUCGGUGAAGGAAGUUACAUUCCUCAAAUAACUUGUGCUAUGGAGAGAUUGGAAGCUUUGGUCAGUUUUGUGAAUCAGGCUGAUCAUCUUAGACAUGAGACAUUGCAACAGAUGCAUCGGAUCUUAACCACUAGACAAGCGGCUAGGGGUUUGUUAGCAUUAGGUGAGUAUUUCCAACGGUUAAGAGCUUUAAGCUCGAGUUGGGCGACUCGGCAACGUGAACCAACGUAAUAAAGGAGACAAGAUUUCAAGAAAGGUUUGAGAGACUAUUAAGAAUCAAGAAUGGUGUUUGCUCGUGAGUGGAUUUUGGACAAGAACAUAAGCUGCUUAUAUGAUGAUGAUGAUCGUCUUUGUGGCUAAAGAAACUGUUUGAAGAAAGUUGUAAAUAUAAUCAGCAACGUAAAUGUUUAUAGCUUAUGUGUGCUUUGCGUGUAUAUAUGAUUCCAGUGUGAUGAUUUCUAAAAAUUAUCAUAGAAUAAAAAGUUAAUUAAAUUAAA